GUUCGUCUCACCCGCCUUCCUUUCUCUCUCUCUCCCUGCUGCAGAAGAAACUCGCCAGCUACAACUUCGACUUCAGGAGCUGGCCCGUGGACUUCCGCUGGGACGAGGUCACUAGCCGGUCGGACUCCCGGGGCGUCUCGCUGAUGCAGCCGGAGCCCAAACAUCGGAGCGCGGCCAACGGCUUCCUCCAUGCCAUCAAGAAGCUGCCCUGCCAGAUCGCCAGGUAAGCUCUGCCCCCGGCACUCGGGGGAGGGGC